UUUUAACCUAAUCCUCUCUGCUACCGCCUCCGUCUCUCUAUCUUCAUUCGCCUCUUCGACAUCUCCAAUUUGCCUUCUGUACCCUUAACUAUAAACCCUAAUCAAACCCGACAUCACUUCCACACACCCAAAAUCUAAUCCUCUUCAUAUAAGAGCCCUAAACCCUUUGUCUCUUACGCUGAUUAUUUGAUUGCGAUCGAGAGAGAAAGUGGUUGUUAACAGUGGUUCUGUGUAUAUGUUCGUUGGUGUUAGUCUAGCAUGUCCAACAAUUUGUUGUCGCAGCAGUUGUCAAUGCAGAGCAUCCAGAUGGGUCAGCUUGAACCCAUAUCAAGCAAAUUAGACUCGUCAAUGCAAAUGGGAAUGAUGGGACAGGGUAUUAAUGGUCCUGCUUUGCAGCAGAUGUCUGUUUCAAAUAUGCAAAUGGGAAUGAUGGGGCCAGGUUCCACUGGUGCUCUGUCGCAGCAGAUAUCCGUAUCAAACAUGCAAAUGGGACAGAUGAAUCCUCAGGUAUACAGAAUGGCGUCGGAGCAGUUCUUGUUGCCCAGUAAGCAACUGGGACAGAUGGAAACCAUGAUGAACAAUGUGGUCCAGCAGCCAUCAAUCUUGAACAAGCGAAAGGCACCCAUGGAAUCCACAUCCAACAAUCCUGAAUUGCAGAAGUUAUCAAUGUCUAACAAACGCCUCAUACAAUUGGAACACAGGCCGUGGCUGCAGCAAAUAUCUACAUCAAACAAAUUACCUGUACAGAUGCAACCACAGUCCAAUUUCAACACUUCUGGUUUGCAUCGCUCACAAGUACUGCCUAAGAAACCAACUUCUGGAAAAGCAGGCCUGCAGCAGUUACCAGUUCAGAAAAAUCAAAGUGGACAACCAUCUCCAAAGGUUUCAAAUGAGUCAUCUGAAUCUGUGAGAUCCAAGUUAAGGGAGUCAUUAGCAGCUGCGUUAGCUUUAGUUUCUCAGCAGCAGGAUAGGAAUUCAAGCGAGGGUAUUAAGUCGAAAAAUGAGACUGCUAGUACUGAAGUACCAAUGCAGGAGCAGAAGGUAUCUGUUUCCACCAGAGAUGAUCCUGUAGCCCAAAAGUGUAGUGAUGGUCAAAGUCUGUCUCCAGAAAUUUCUUCUAACACUGGUGAUUAUAUGCAGACAUCAAAAAAUAAUAGCCAUGACUGUCAGUCAAAUAUUAGCUUGCGUGAUGAAGAUGCUUCAUUUAGUGACAGUUUUUUUAUAAAGGAUGAACUUUUGCAGGGAAAUGGGCUGUCCUGGGUAUUGGAGCCUGAUAUGGGGUUGGCAGAAAAAAGAGACUUUGAAACUAUCGAAAAACAGCCAGAGCAGAAGGAUUUUAGCAGGGACAAUGGCAGGCAAUUGCUUCCAUCACCUGAAAUUUUGGCAUCUAAGAUUGAAGCAGAACUCUACAAACUAUUUGGAGGAGUAAACAAGAAGUAUAAGGAGAAGGGAAGGUCUCUUUUAUUCAAUUUGAAGGAUCGAAAUAAUCCUGAAUUGAGAGAAAGGGUUAUGUCAGGGGAAAUCCUCCCUGAUAGACUCUGCUCUAUGACUGCAGAGGAGCUUGCGUCUAAGGAGCUUUCUGAAUGGCGGAUUGCAAAAGCUGAGGAACUUGCCCAAAUGGUGGUGUUGCCUGACUCAGAUGGUGAUAUGAGACGUUUGGUGAAGAAAACUCACAAGGGCGAGUUCCAAGUGGAAGUUGAACCACAGGACAGUGUCUCAGUGGAAGUUGCUGUUGGGUCAAGUUCGCUGACUUCACUCUCUCGAACACGACCCAAACCAAAGGAUAAAGCCUCUUCCACCUCGGAACCUGAUCAGAUAAAGAAUAAAGGGAAAAAUGCUGCUAAUGAAAAGAGUAAGUCAGAGGAUGAUAAUGUUCUCAUGAUUCCUUCCAAUGAAGGGAAUGAUUUAAUGCAAGGACUUAUGGUGGAUGAUGAAUUGAAAGAUUCAGAAUUUCUUCCUCCAAUAGUCUCACUUGAUGAGUUCAUGGAAUCCCUUAAUUCAGAGCCACCGUUUGUAAAUUUACCAGUAGAUAAUGGAAAAACAACAUCUGUCUCUGAUAAGGACAAUCCACAAGCUGGCCCAGAAUCCAAAUCUCCUGAUGGAACUUUAAAAGAUGCUGCUGAUGAUACAACCUCUGGUAAACCUAACAUUACGGAUGUGACAAACACAAAUUCAGACGCUGAUAAGAAGUCCAUCAACAAUCAUGUAAAACCAGGAACACCACUUGUUGAUGUACCCAAGGGUGAACGUGUUUGGGAAGGCUCACUUCAGCUAAAUAUUUCAGCUACUGCAUCAGUGAUCGGCGUUUAUAAGAGUGGAGAAAAAACAUCUGCAAAAGACUGGCCUGGCUUUAUUGACAUAAAAGGGAGAGUCAGACUGGAUGCAUUUGAGAAGUUCCUCCAAGAGCUUCCAAUGUCCCGAAGUCGUGCAGUCAUGGCGGUGCACUUUGUUUGCAAGGAUGGGUCAGCAGAAAGUCUAAGUGAGGUGGCUGAAUCGUACGUUUUGGAUGGGAGGGUGGGUUUUGGUGAGCCUGCUCCUGGAGUGGAACUCUACUUCUGCCCCCCUCAUUCAAAGACUAUUGAGAUGCUGGGCAAAGUCCUCUCAAAGGAUCAAAUUGAUGCCAUUAAUACUAUUGAUAAUGGUCUAAUUGGUGUUAUUGUAUGGAGAAAACCUCAAAUAACGUCAACAAUGUCAUCACACCAUAAACACAAUUCAAAAAAGCAACACUUGACUUCUUCUAGGAGACACCAAGAAAAGGAUUCUAAUGCCAAUGUUAAAUUUUCCCAUGUUGGACCUAAUUCUCAACACAUUGAGGAUGAUGAUGAUGAUGUUCCUCCCGGGUUUGGCCCACCGGCUGCUCGGGAUGAAGAUGAUUUGCCUGAGUUUAACUUUUCUAGUGGUUCUAUUACACCGAGGCCACGAUUUUCAAACCAAAUGGCCUCCUUUCACUCGCACGCACAAACACCAUCUAGGCCUGUAGAGCAAAUGAGGCAGCUUGUACAAAGAUAUGGACAACCUAUAACUACUAAUGCCAGUCAUAGGGGUAUUGGGGUUGCAGUGCAGCCAUGGAACGAUGAUGAUGAUGACAUGCCCGAGUGGCGUCCAGAUGAUAACAAACCACAGGUUUCACACUUGCACCCACAGCCACAGCCGCCACAACUGCAACCACAACUUCAACCGAUGUUACGCCCACAUAUGACGGGGCACCAACAAAUUGCAAGGCCACCCCAAAUGAAUACACAAAAUCUCGUCCCUUUGUGGCAGGGACAGCAGAGUCCUUGGAUGGCUCAAAGUGGUGGCCCUCAUGGACUUGCUCCUCCUGUCUAUCAGCAGAACUACGGAGCACCUGGACUUGAGGGUGCGCAACAGGGCAUGCCUUGGCGUAGAGAUCCGGCAAAUAGUAGAGGAUUUUGAAAUCUUGUAUUAUACAUGUUAGAUUUCCUUUUUUUUUUUUUUUUUUUUUUUUUUUUCUU